CGUUAUUUUUCCUUUGGUAUGGCAAAGUACGGUGUAAAACUGCUACAGCGCCUCCUAUGGUCACAGAAUAUGGCGCAGCACCUGCAGACAGAGUGGGUGUUUUAUUGUGAAAGUCCGCCCGGUACCGUGACGGUGUCAUAGGAAAACUUAACGUCCGCGCCGCCGUGUUUCAUCGGCGGCCAGGACGCUCAGUCCGAGGGAAGGAAGGAGGCUUGGGGGGAAAACUUGAGGACAUGCGGCGUCUUCUGCAAACUUGUCGCCAAUUAAACCGCAUCGGAGCAGAAAGAGGAGCGGAGAUGUAGACUGACGUCAAGAGCCGUUCAUUCCUAUUGAUCCGUUAUCGAGGAGCCGUAACGAUGCAGGCAGCUGCAACUGUGCUGAGCGUUUUCCUCAGCUUGGACUUCCUGUCAGCUCAGUCCCAGUCAGACCGCAUGAACAGCAGCAACGUUCAGACUGGUGAGACUGGGAGGAAGAAUCAGCCGCACAUCAUCUUCAUUCUGAUCGACGACCAAGGCUACAACGACAUCGGCUACCACAACCCCACCAUCAUAACCCCAACUCUGGACAAACUGGCAGCAGAGGGCGUGAUACUGGAGAACUACUACGUUCAACCGAUCUGCACGCCGUCACGCAGCCAGCUGAUGACCGGCAGAUAUCAGAUCCACACAGGAUUACAGCACUCCAUCAUCAGACCCAGGCAGCCCAGUUGUUUGCCCUCACACAUGGACACGCUGCCCGAGAGGCUCCGCCAGGCCGGCUACGCCACACACAUGGUGGGCAAGUGGCACCUGGGCUUCUACAGGAAGGCCUGCCUGCCCACCAGAAAAGGUUUCGACUCUUUCUUUGGUUCAUUAACAGGAAGUGUGGAUUAUUACAACUAUCGGUCCUGUGACGGCCCUGGUUUGUGUGGCUAUGACCUGCAUGACAAUGAGAGCGUCGCAUGGGGCCAGGAGGGAAAAUACUCUACGAUGCUGUUCACCCAGAGAGCCAGGAAGAUCCUGGAGAGUCGCAGCCCGAUGGACGGGCCGCUCUUCCUGCUGCUGUCCCUGCAGGUAUCAGGACAUCUGUGCAACGUGACAUUAAGGUGGAGUUCUAGUUUACGCCUGGAUGGAAGGACAGAGUUCAUUAAAGUGUUUCUGAACAUCUGAAACCCAUUUAGAGAUUUGUUUUCCACAUUCAAACAUCUGCAGAAUUAAAACCAGACUCAGGAAGAGUAAUUUAAGAUUACAUUUGUUUAUAUAUCGUUUAUUUUCUCUCCAUUGGCUGGCUUUAACUGGACAGGCCUUGAGAAAUGUGCAUCUUGACAAGAGACUUGAAACAUAGUUGGAAGCCUCAGAUUAAAUAUAUUAGAAAUAAAACUGCAAAAAUGACUGGAAUAUUGUUUAAAAUAAGAGAUUUAGUACAUAUGAAAAGCUUGCAUAUUAAAAAUGCCCUAUUUGUCAUGUUGCUAAGAAAUUAGGGCAAGACAAUAAAUCAAUAACAAUAUAGAUCACAAUAGACAUGUCAUCAAUAUCAUUACAUAUUCAGUAUAUAAAAUAUCCAUAGAACUGCACAGCAUUCUGGGAGAAGUAGGCAGACAAAAGACUUUAGCUAAGCUGAGCUAAGCUGGGUCAGUGGGAUCACUCAGUCUUUGGUUGCCUGGCAACAACCUGCUGGGUAACCAGCAGUUCCAAGUCCCCUCCCCCAACUCUGGUUACCUAGCAACGACCUGUUGAGUAACUGGCGCAGCAACAGUUUAAUGUUUUUCCGCCGCAUCUCAUAACUGCUUA